CUGAGGUAUUAAUAUUGAUAUUUAAUUCAGUUGCAAAUAAGCACGGAUACGAUCGGUCGUGUUGUCUUUGACCACAGAUUAUUUAUAUUCAAAUAAACUUUUUUUUUUUUUAACGAAUUGAACUCCUUGUGUUGUGUUUGUGAUUAAAAAGUGUUCAUCCGUAAAAAUAUAUGUGUAAUUUUUAAAACGAAACAUCGUAAGGAUAUCCCAAGAUGUGGGUCCCGCUGCUGUCAAUCCUCGCGAUGACGAUGGCGUACCCCCAAACCACGUUGGAUCCCGCGCUGCUGAACGAUAUCUUCGGGACACCACCAUCUCCGACUCGACCAUCAAAUCUACCGCCGCUACUUGAAGACAUAACAGUUCGUCCCACUCAAAGCGGUGCGGUCUUCACAAACAAAGAGGGCGAAGAAUGUCAAUGUGUGCCUUAUUACCUGUGCGAUGGAGAUCUAAACGCCGUGCACAUCGGCAACGCCAGCAUUCACGGCUUUGGCGUGUUAGAUAUUAGAUUUGGAGAAAAGGAUGACUGCCAAGAGAGUGUGGAGCGAUGCUGCAAGAACCCGAUACCGGAAUCCGAACCCGAUCCAGUACCUGACACCCCUGUUCCGACCACGCAGAAGGCUUGUGGAUAUCGUAAUCCAGAGGGGCUGGACUUCGCUCUAACUGGUGGAAAUGGCAAUGAGGCACUUUUCGGCGAAUUCCCCUGGGUGGUGGCGCUUUUGGACGCAAGGAACUUGAGUUAUGUUGGAGUCGGAGUACUCAUUCACCCGCAGGUUGUGAUGACUGGAGCCCAUGUUGCUUUUAAAUUCGCCCCUGGAACGUUGAUCGCCCGAGCUGGAGAAUGGGACACUCAGACCAAUAAGGAGAGACUCAAGUCUCAAGAACGUAUUGCACAAGACAUCGUUAUCCAUGAAGAAUUCCACCCCAAGAGCCUUCGGAACGACGUCAGUCUUCUACGUUUGGAACAACCGUUCGCACUGACGGAACACAUCAAUACAUUGUGCCUCCCGGAUCCCAAUGAAGACUUCGACAGCUACAAACGUUGUGUUGCGAACGGAUGGGGAAGAGAUUCAUUUGGUAAGAAGGGUCGUUACGCUGUUAUCCUCAAGAAAGUGGAAAUUGACAUGGUUCCGUUCCAGCGCUGCAGCGCUCUCCUGAAGCGGACGCGUCUAGGGUCACGAUUUAAGUUACACGAAAGCUUUGUGUGCGCUGGAGGGGAGGAGGGCAAAGACACCUGUCAAGGUGACGGUGGCGCCCCCCUCGCGUGUCCUGUCGGCAACAAUCGCUACAAGUUGGCAGGUCUGGUGGCGUGGGGUAUCGGCUGCGGGGAACGCGACGUGCCCGCGGUGUACGCGCGCGUCUCCAUGUUCCGGAAGUGGGUCGAUGACGUAAUGGAAGUUUGGGGCUAUCCCACGGAAGGAUAUAGUAUUUGAACAGAGAAUUAAGAAAUAAAGUCACAUAUAUUUA